GCCGCCAUGGUGCGGGCGUUCGUGCUGCUGGCGCCGGGCGGGCCCGCCGGCCCCGCCCCCUGCCGCGUGCUGUACGCGCGCACCUUCGGGACCCCCCCCGGCACCGCGCCCGGGGGCCCCCGGCAGCGCCUCCGCCGCAAGGAGCAGCUGCUGGUCGUGGCCAGGCAAGUGGCCUCCCAGUGUCAACUGCUUCAGUCAUCCUUGGGGCGCCCAUCCUCCCCACAACUUCCCCAGCUACCUGAUGAGCCGAUGUCACUCCAAGAUGCUCCAGGGGGUCUUUUCCAGAUGCCCCCUGGAGACCCAUUCCCUGAGCGGGUGACAGUAGUCUGGUUAUCAGUGCUGGCCCUCGCCUUCGCCUUGGUUUGUGAACCCCAAGAGAAUCUAUCGUUGGCUGAGAUCACCCUGCGGCGCCUGGCUCCCCGCCUGCUCCUCUCCCUGCGCCUCCUCGGCCCCGGCGCUGACGUCCUGCUCCGUCCUGAUGCCGCUGAUGGCCUCCUGGACCGUCUCCUGCCCCAUGGGCAGAUGCUUUUUCUCAAUGAACGUUUCCUCCAGGCAAUGGACCGAGAGCUGGGUAUCAAAGCAUCCCGCUGAGCUACAGAUGACAUUCCUGCCUACCACCCCCAGAUAUUUUUGAGGGAUGAGAAACAAGGGAGGGAUCUGAGAUGGUCACCAAGCCCCACUGGGAUGGAUGAGAAACAUAGUUCAGGAAUAAAGAGCAAUGAGCCAGCUAA